GUUGUUUACCUUCUUCGAGAAGCGGAGGUCAGACGAGCGGUCGCGCUUAACAAUGGCCCAGCGGUGGCUACUGAGUUUAAUAGGUGCAUUGGUUACUUGAUGUUUAUAUAUAUAUAUACAGGGUUAGUGUGUCGCUGUCUGCCCUCACAGAGUGUAUUGUCCUGCCUCCUGGCGCUCAGGCAGUCCGUAAACAAACAUGAGCGCUACGGUUUCCAGGCAGAGGCACGCCGCAGACUCCUCUGGCUCUUCCGUGCCUCUUACUGCAAGCCUCCUGCGACUCUCGAAGCACAUCAGAUAUGAAAACCUCGCCGCCGGACUCAGUGGGGGAGUUAUUUCCACAAUGGUGUUGCACCCCCUGGAUCUGAUCAAAAUCAGGUUCGCAGUAAGUGAUGGUCUGAAAAUGCGACCCCAGUACGAUGGCGUGGUGCACUGCAUGAAGACCAUCUGGAAGCUGGAAGGGAUUAGAGGACUCUAUCAGGGUGUGACCCCCAACAUCUGGGGGGCCGGGGCAUCGUGGGGCCUGUACUUCCUCUUUUAUAAUGCUAUUAAAGCGUACACGCAGGAGGGACGGCAAACAGAGCUGAGUGCUGGCGAACACCUGGUGUCUGCAGCGGAGGCAGGUCAGUUUGAGAAAGAGCCACCUGGUUUCGUGCCUGGACUGGUGGGGACUUCCCAUGCUGCACUGCAGUUCAUGACCUAUGAGGGACUAAAAAGAGAGCAGAACAAAUACAAGAAGAUGCCAUCUGAAUCGCUGCUGUCUCCAUUGGAAUACAUCACCAUGGCAGCCAUUUCCAAAAUAUUUGCUGUAGCAGUGACCUACCCGUACCAGGUGGUGCGCGCUCGCCUGCAGGACCAGCACAACAACUACAGCGGCAUCGUGGACGUCAUCCAGAGGACGUGGAGCAACGAGGGGAUCGAGGGCUUUUACAAAGGCAUGGUCCCAAACCUGGUGCGAGUCAUUCCAGCGUGCUGCAUCACAUUUUUGGUGUUCGAAAAUGUGUCACGCUUACUUUUGGGCGAGUAUCACUAAAGCUUCAGCUUCAAACGCAACCACGGACCAACUCAACGCAAUAUACCAGGACUUGUGAGUGUGUGUGUGUGUGUGUUAGAGACGAGCAGGAAUACCAAACAUUUCCUGUUUAACUCUGAACUCGACAUGAAUGCAGACAAAACUAGCAUUUAGUUUGUGCACUGAAUGAACAGAAGAAACUACAGGUGCAUAUAUAUAUAUAUAUAU